UCUGUCUUCCUGCUGUCCUUCCUUGCUGGUGACAGGCUCCUUCCAUCCAGCUGGCUGUGCAGGAGCAGAGUCCUUCAGGCCAGAAUAGCACCUUGUUCUCCUUUGCUCCUUGCUUCUCUGUGGGAGAGCGAAUAAGCUCCAGAGAUGGAUCUGUCCUACAGAUCCACCAUCUCCAUCUAUAAGAGUAUCCUGGAGCAGUUCAACCCUGCGCUGGAGAACCUGGUGUACCUGGGCAACAACUACCUGCGUGCCUUCCACGCACUAUCCAAAGCAGCUGAAGUGUAUUUUAAGGCAAUUGAGAAGAUUGGGGAGCAGGCACUGCAGAGUUCCACCUCACACAUGCUAGGUGAAAUUCUGAUGCAGAUGUCUGACACACAGAGACUACUGAGCUCUGAUCUGGAAGUUGUGGCUCAGACCUUCCACGUGGACCUGCUGCAGCACAUGGAGAAGAACAGCAAAAUGGACGUGCAGUUUAUCAGUGAGAGCCAGAAGCAGUAUGAGCUGGAGUACCAGCGAAGAGCCACCAACCUGGACAAGUGCAUGGCAGAGCUGUGGAGAAUGGAGAGGGCCCGUGACAAAAAUGCCCGGGAGAUGAAGGAGAACGUGAUGCGGCUGCGCUCGGAGAUGCAGGCGUUCGUGUCCGAGAGCCAGAGGGAGGCGGAGCUGGAGGAGAAACGCCGCUACCGCUUCCUGGCUGAAAAGCACCAGCUGCUCUACAACACUCUGCUCCAGUUCUACAGCAGGGCUCGGGGCAUGAUCCAGAGCAAGGCACCGCGGUGGAAGGAGCAGCUGGAAGCCAGCCGUAACCCCUCAAACAGCCACCCCCAGGGGCUGCUCCCAGCCUCCCAUGGCCAGGGAUACCCACCAGGACGACUCACGCCCACCCACCUCGAGAUGCCCCAGAGACCUCUUGGGGACUUUGCUUCUUCUAUGACUGGGAGCAGAUCCAGCAUCUUCUCUCCAGACCCUCCAGAAAUGAGAAUGUCUCCUCAGCCAGAGUCUCCCAGACGGCCAAUGCGGAGGACACCGUCAGCAGCCAGUUUGCUGCCCGCGGGCCGCACGUCCCGUUCGGGCUCCUUUGGCGAGGCCAGCGCUGGCAGCGAGGGCAGGAAGAGGAGCGGUGGCACCACGAGGGUCCAGGCCAUCGUGCCCCACACGACAGGCGCCAACCGGACCCUGCUGCCGUUCGAGCCCGGGGAUGUCAUCGCGGUGCUGAGGCCAGAGGCGCAGAAUGGCUGGCUCUACGGCAAGCUGGAGGGCUCAUCCACGUGUGGCUGGUUCCCUGAAGCUUAUGUCAAGCCUUUGGAGAAUACAAGGGAGAUGGAGGAGCCAGACACCAGGUCCUUCCCGCUGCGGAGCAGUCACAGCAUGGAUGACAUCCUGGACCAUCCCAGCACUCCAUCCUCCAGCAGUUACUGGCCUGCUGCUGCCCAGCCCAGCGUGCCCACCCCACCUCCCCUGUCAGUGGGUGCCAGCAGCCACCAGAGCGGGGUGAUCACCCCAGUCACUUCUGGCUCCAAGAAAUCAGGAGUAUUUGACCAGCCCCCUGAACUCUUCCCACGAGGUACCAACCCCUUUGCCACAGUCAAGCUGCGCCCCACAGUGACCAACGACCGCUCGGCCCCCAUCAUCCGGUGAAACAGGGCUGUGGGCAGUGAAGGACUCCAGCAGAGAGGGAGGAGGAGAAGUGACAGUGCUGUGACCUCCAGCUGGGCAGCAGCCUAGUGCUACCACUGCAGGAGUGAACUCUCUUUUCCCCUCCCAUACCUCUGGGACCUGGGUGCCUGGUGUGCACACCCAUCUCACCUGGGUGCCUGGUGUGCUUUAGCCAGGAGCAGAUCUCUGCUGCCCUUUCUGGAUUGAUCCCUGCUUCCCUCCCCUUGUGCUGUUACUGUGCUUGACUGGGAGGGAGCAGUCUGCUGUUACUGGUGCUGGUGGCCUGGGAGAGGGGAUGGUGCUGGAGCUGGAGGUAGGGCUGGCUAAGGCCAUCUGCAGCCAGGGCAGUGCUCUUGGGAUGUUGAAGGUGAAUCAUUGCUACCCCUGCUGUGGGCAGAGAAGGACUGUCACCAAACAGUUCCUUUGCCACCAGAAGAAUGAACUCCAAAAGAGAAGGCUACAAGAAGGCUUCCAGUGGUCCGGCUGACAGGGUCUGGUUUUGGCCUCUUUGACAACUGUGUCCAUUUGCAGCAGCACCUGCCUCUUCUCACCCCAGGUGCAGCCCCUCACCUUGCUGGGCAGUGCUGGGGCAAGGCAGGGGCAGGUGACAGUGUCCAGCACCACUGCCCUGUUCCUUCAGGUACUGUCCUGUGGAAAAUAGAUGGGUUUUUUAAAAUAAAAUGGAGAAUGCA